AUGAAGGGUUACACAAGAGGAGUAACUGUAGCAAGAAGUGGAACUCGUGUAAACCAUUUACUUUUUGCAGAUGACUACAUUUUGUUUGGAAGAGCCUUAGCUGAUGAAUGGAUAAAAAUCCAAGAAUUAUUACUAAAGUAUGAAAAAGCAUCUGGGCAGUUUUUGAACAAGGAGAAAACAACAGUUUUUUUCAGCUCUAACUCAAGGGCUGAAGAAAAAAGGAAGAUCUUGGUUUUAGGAGGCUCAGUUAUGAAAGGUAGCUAUGAAAAAUAUUUGGGUUUGCCUCCAGUAAUAGGGAAAUCCAAGUACAAUACAUUUAGAGGUAUAAAAGAAAGGGUGUGGAAGAAGAUUAGCAAUUGGAAGAACUCAUUUCUUUCUUCAGCAGGCAAGGAGGUUUUGAUCAAGGCAGUAUUACAAGCAAUUCCAACAUAUACUAUGAGUGUGUUUAAACUUCCAAAGAACCUGUGUAAGGAAUUAAACUCACUUAUGGCAAAUUUCUGGUGGGGCAACCAGUCUAACAGCAGCAGAAUUCACUGGUGCAGUUGGGAAAUACUUAGAAAACCAAAAGGGAGGGAAGGCUUGGGUUUCAGAGAUCUUGAGAGCUUCAAUGUGGCUUUGUUGGCCAAACAAGGAUGGAGGUUCUUACAGAAUCCAGGGAGUAUGGCAACCAAGAUUUUUAAGGAAAAAUACUUUAGUUCAGUAACUUUGUUUGAAGCUAAGUUGAAAUAUAGACCUUCAUUUAUAUGGAGGAGUGUAUGA